UAAAUCUGACCGUCAAAAUCACCGACCUAAAAGGAAUUUAAGAAAAGGAAAACCGCAAACUCAGAGAGUUGAAAUCUAGACUUGAAAGCUAAAAACUUCUCUCUGAUCAGCAUCUACUGUGAAGUCCCGAGAGAUGCAGAAAUUGGGUGAUUUCAAGCUUCCGCACUUUUUCAAUUACCCACCAUACUUCACUUUGCAGCCAGUGAGGGAGACUCGUGAGAAACAGAUACAACUUUGGAAGGAACUGAUUCUGGAUUACUGCAGGACUCAGAAGAUAUUUGUAAUCAAGCUUGAGGAAGAAUUUCCUCUCUUCUCAAAUUCUGCGAUAGAACGCACUCUCAGUCACGAAGCCAGGGAAGCAUUCCUCUCAGACUUGGUUGCAGAAGGACGAGCAGAAUGGUUGGAUAAAGGACGUAGGAGUUGCCUUAUCCUUUGGCACCGUAUUCAAGAUUGGGCUGACAUUAUUGUGAAUUUUGUGAAAGAUAAUGGCUUUGAGGACAGUGUUAUGACUGUUGAGGAAAUACGAUCAGGGAUUGAAUCACGAGGGACAUCCAUUCACACAUUUAAUCAUGUAAACGAACUUGACUUGGAUAAAUUUCCUUUUGCCAAGGGGAAGCUUGCAAUUUUUAAGGGAACUUCAACUGAUGAUGAAGGCAUAAAAUUCUCUGUAUAAUGAUUCAUCCAAUUGGCGUUCAGGGGCAAGGCAGCCUAUUGACUAUUGAUCAUCAGAACAUUAAUCAGGAACCCAGCAGCCUGUUGGUAUGAUAUAUGUUGAAAGCCAAACCUGUUGGAAUAUUACUCCUAGACUGGAGCCAUCAUUUUCUCUUUUUCCCCCAAUUUCUGAAGAUGUACAAUAAGAAUUGACUAGUUUGUCAGAGCAUUUGAUCUGAACUAAAUAUUUACUGUUCUUCUACAGUAAAAAUGAAUUACAGAA